AUGGGCACUUGUGGAAACACUCGUAAUUUUAUGGACGAAAUGUUAUGUAUCAUAAAAGAAAUCGAAUGUUUAAAGCCUGAACCAGAAAUAUGUAACGUCUCGUGUCCACCAUUAGGAUGUCCAAGAGGUCCAUGUCCAGGAAUGUGUUGCGAUGGAAUAAGCUGCGAUCCCUGUUGCAUAUCACAGAUGCCAUGUUGUCCACCUAGUCCAUGCCUACCAGGUUGCGUACCAAUAUGUUGUACGGAACCUCCUCGUGCCGAGAUCAAGCUUAAACCAGUUCCAAGAAAAAUUUGUUGUUUCCCACCGAACCCCGAUUGUCCACCAAUCUCGUCAAUUCCAUUUUGUCCAUCUCCAUGUGGUCCACCUCCGCUUUGUACAAGUCCACCAUGUCUCCCAUUAUGUUGUCCUAUUUCCCCAUGCGCACCAAUGUGCCAGCCUUCCGGUUGUUUAAGAGAUUGUACGAUUCCAUGUGGACCCAUGGCAUGUUUCCCUACAAAUUGUUGUCCUACACCAACGUGUUGUCCAAUUCCACCGUGCUUAAAACCAUCGAAACCACCCUGUUGUCCGGUUUAUGUAUGCAUACCACCUCGAUGUAAUAAAUAA